UAUACAAAAACAUGUUAAACCCAACAAAGCCCCGAGAAACACAUAACGGGAAGGAAAACCAGUUUAUUUUCUCAAUCUUCCAAAACUAAUAACCACAUUUCAGACACAGAGUUAGAGAGCCUAAUUAAACGCAUGUGUAUAGAUAAGAAUAACUCAAUUCAACCACGCCCUUGUUAACCUCUAUCUUCCAUUUAUGUCUCGCGUCGUCGCCGAUGAUAUUAUAUCGCCGGCGAGAGACGCCUAUUUCACUAUGGAGCUAAACAACAAUCACCACCACCACCGAGGAGGCUCCACUGAGUCACCGACCUUAGGCCAGCUUCUCAAACGAGUUGGAGAUGUACGGAAGGAAGCCACCGGCGACGGUGGUGAGACGCCAGUCCACCAGGUGCUUGAGCUCGGUGACGUGAGUAUGGAACCUCGUUCGUUGCCGUUCAUCCUUAACUUCAGUAAUCUCACUUAUAGCGUCAAGGUUCCCCAAAAGUUGAGCUUUUCCUCUGUCUUUUAUCGCCGGAGUGAUCGUCUAGGAGCGGCGGCAGAUUCUCUUCCCGGAGAUACUCUGUUCACUAAAACUAAGACUCUUCUCAACAACAUCUCUGGUGAAGCCCGUGAUGGCGAGAUACUUGCAGUCCUCGGCGCUAGUGGCUCCGGUAAAUCGACUCUGAUUGACGCCUUAGCGAAUCGAAUAGCGAAAGGAAGCUUGAAAGGCACAGUGACAUUAAACGGAGAGGUUUUGGAGUCUCGUCUGCUGAAAGUGAUUUCAGCUUACGUCAUGCAAGACGACCUCCUUUUCCCGAUGCUGACUGUAGAAGAAACCCUCAUGUUCGCCGCCGAGUUCCGUCUCCCACGGACUCUCUCCAAAUCGAAGAAGAAGAUGCGAGUUCAGGCCUUGAUUGACCAAUUAGGUCUCCGAAACGCCGCCAAGACCGUAAUCGGAGACGAAGGCCACCGCGGAGUCUCCGGUGGAGAACGCCGCCGUGUCUCGAUCGGAAUCGACAUAAUUCACGACCCUAUCCUCCUCUUCCUCGACGAACCAACCUCUGGUCUAGACUCCACCAGUGCUUACAUGGUCGUCAAGGUCCUCCAGCGAAUCGCCCAGAGCGGAAGCCUCGUCAUCAUGUCCGUACACCAGCCAAGUUACAGAAUCCUCGGCCUCCUCGACCGUUUGAUCUUCCUCUCCCGUGGCCAAACCGUCUACAGCGGCUCUCCAACGAACCUUCCCGGAUACUUUGCGGAGUUUGGAAACCCAAUUCCAGAGAACGAGAAUCGGACCGAGUUCGCUCUCGACCUAAUCCGCGAACUCGAGGGCUCACCUGGGGGAACCAAAGCCCUAGUCGAGUUCAACAAGUCGUGGGAAUCAAAGAAAACCCCGACCCGAUUAUCCGAUCCAGUAACGGAUGACAAAUUGCAACCGUUGUCCCUAAAAGAAGCGAUAAGCGCGAGCAUUUCGAGGGGUAAACUGGUCUCAGGGGCAACAACGAACAGCGCGACGGUAGACCCAAGUUCGAACUCGAUGGUUCCCACCUUCGCGAACCCGAUGUGGACGGAGAUGGCGGUAUUAUCAAGGCGGUCGAUAACAAACUCGCGGCGAAUGCCCGAGCUUUUCGGGAUCCGUUUGGGUGCUGUUAUGGUAACCGGGUUCAUACUGGCCACCAUGUUUUGGCAGCUGGACAACUCCCCUAAGGGUGUCCAAGAACGUUUAGGCUUCUUCGCCUUCGCCAUGUCCACCACGUUUUACACGUGCGCCGAUGCUUUGCCAGUCUUUCUCCAAGAGCGCUACAUCUUCAUGAGGGAAACCGCCUAUAACGCCUACCGUAGAUCAUCCUACGUCCUCUCACACUCGAUCGUAGUCCUCCCGAGCUUAGUCUUUCUCUCCUUAGCUUUCUCGGCCACCACCUUUUGGGCCGUGGGCCUCGACGGUGGGCUGUCCGGCUUCUUCUUUUACUUUUUUAUAAUCUUCGCCUCGUUUUGGGCCGGAAGCUCGUUCGUCACCUUCCUCUCCGGCGUGGUCCCUCACGUCAUGCUGGGCUACACCAUUGUCGUGGCCAUCUUGGCUUACUUUCUCCUCUUCAGUGGCUUCUUCAUAAAUCGGGACCGAAUCCCACCGUACUGGAUCUGGUUCCAUUAUCUUUCUCUGGUGAAAUAUCCGUACGAAGCGGUUUUGCAAAACGAGUUUGAGGACCCAGUCAAAUGUUUCGUGAGGGGAGUGCAGAUUUUCGAUAACAGCCCUCUGGGGAAGGUGCCGGACGCAAUGAAAGUGAAGCUGUUGGAUAGUUUGAGUCAGACUCUUGGGAUGAGGAUAACACAGUCAACGUGUUUGACUACUGGGGUUGACAUUUUGGAUCAGCAAGGGGUUACAGAUCUGAGUAAGUGGAGUUGCUUGUGGGUGACUAUAGCUUGGGGUUUCUUGUUCAGGAUUUUAUUUUACUUUUCUUUGCUCAUCGGAAGCAAGAAUAAGAGGAGGUAAACAAGAAGAAGGUUGAAGAUAUUGAAGUGGCCUCUUUGGCGCGGGAUUUAUUUGUAUUUUGUUUUUUUUUUCUUUCAUAUAAAUAAUUCUAUUAUUAAUAUUCUACUUAAUUUGCAUAAUAUUUGAGUAGUACUAGCUUGAUCAUCGUGGGGUUGAGUUUGGUAUAUCUCCAGAUGUAAAACUGUUUCAUAUCAAAUUAUUUUUCGUCCUUACUCA